AUGAGCGACGAGACAAUCUCCACCGGAUUGCCGCAGCCCGAAGGGCCGGCCAAUCUGAUCGAGACCGACUAUGAGGUCGGUCAGGACAAUAUCGAGACCUCGAUCGGCCCGUUCGGGCUCGACAUCCACAAUCCGGUCUUCAUGAUUUCGGGCCUGUCUGUGGUCGCCUUCGUCGUGCUGACGCUGGCCUUCCAGAACCAGGUCGAUCCGCUGUUCAACGGCCUGCGCGGCUGGCUGACCUCGACGCUGGACUGGUUCUUCCUGGCCGCAGCCAAUGUCUUCGUGCUGCUGUGUCUGGUGUUGAUCGUCACCCCGCUCGGCAAGGUGCGCCUUGGCGGCCGCGACGCGACGCCCGACUACACCUAUAUGGGCUGGUUCGCCAUGCUGUUCGCCGCCGGCAUGGGCAUCGGCCUGAUGUAUUUCGGCGUCUCCGAACCGAUCUCGCACUUCACCUCGUCGCUCGGCGGAACCGCGAUGGACAAUGGCGUUCGCACCGACUGGGCGCCGCUGGGCGGCGCGGUCGGCGACGAACAGGCGGCCGCCAAUCUGGGCAUGGCCGCCACCAUCUUCCAUUGGGGCCUGCACCCCUGGGCGAUCUAUGCGAUCGUCGCCCUGUCGCUGGCGCUGUUCUCCUACAACAAGGGCCUGCCGCUGACGAUCCGCUCGGUCUUCUACCCGAUCUUCGGCGACCGGGUAUGGGGCUGGACCGGCCACAUCAUCGACACGCUGGCCGUCUUUGCCACCCUGUUCGGCCUUGCCACCUCGCUCGGCUUCGGCGCCUCGCAGGCAAGCGCCGGUCUCGAAUACCUUUACGGCGUUCCCAACACCGACACGUUUCAGGUGAUCCUGAUCCUGGCGAUCACCGCCAUCGCCCUGAUGUCGGUCGUCGCCGGGCUCGAUGCGGGCGUCAAGCGCCUGUCGGAGAUCAACAUGGUGCUGGCCAUGCUGCUGCUGGCGUUCGUCAUCAUCGUCGGCCCGACGCUGGCGAUCAUCACCGGCUUCUUCACCAAUCUGGGCGUCUAUCUGGCCGACCUGCCGGCCCUGUCGAUGCCGUUCGGCCGCGAGGACGCCAAUUUCAGCCAGGGCUGGACGGCGUUCUACUGGGCCUGGUGGAUUUCCUGGUCGCCUUUCGUCGGCAUGUUCAUCGCCCGCGUCUCGCGCGGCCGCACGGUGCGCGAAUUCAUCAUCUGCGUGCUGCUGAUCCCGUCCGCCGUCUGCGUGCUCUGGAUGACCGCGUUCGGCGGCACCGCCAUCCACCAGAUCGUCAAUGACGGGUUCACCGGCGUUGCCGAUGCGGGGCAGGACUUCAAGCUGUUCGUCAUGCUGUCGCAAUAUCCGCUGGCCGCGAUCACCUCGUUCGUCGCGAUCGUCCUGGUGAUCGUCUUCUUCGUCACCUCGUCGGACUCCGGCUCGCUGGUGAUCGACACGAUCACCGCCGGCGGCAAGGUCGAUGCGCCGCUGCCGCAGCGCGUGUUCUGGUGCACCUUCGAGGGGCUGGUGGCGAUCGCGCUGCUGCUCGGCGGGGGCUUGGGCGCGCUUCAGGCGAUGGCGGUCUCGACCGGCUUUCCGUUCACCAUCGUCCUGCUUCUGGCCUGCUUUGCCAUCGUCAAAGGCCUGAUGGACGAGCCCAGGGACUGA